GCUCACAUAUUCUCAGAUGCUUUCUCUUUUCUCCCUUUUCUUAAUUCUUCUCCUCCCUUCAAACGAAUUGAAGCUUGUUGGAAAGGUCUUUGCAUUCUCCCAUGGAUGGUGAUGAUCAUAGCCCAGCUCCAAGGGUCCCAUUCACCCAACUCGAUCAGGUUGACUCGGAUUUCGCUCUUGCGAGAGCUUUGCAAGAACAGGAAAGGGCAAUCCUGAUGCUUACAAUGGAUAGAGGCGACGGUGAUGGUGACAGUACUGACAGUGAUAGUGAUGAUGAAGAUGACCUCGACGACGAUGAUGAGGAUUUCAUAGUUGAUGAUGGAAUGGAAGAUGGAGGACAAGAUUGGCAAUUAGAGGAUCUCCGCGAAGAAGAUAGUGAUUUUCAGGAAAUUGGAGAAGACAUUGAUCCAGAUGAGUUAUCAUAUGAGGAACUAACUGCACUGGGAGAAGUAGUUGGAAGUGAAAGAAGAGGACUGGAAAUGGAUGCAAUUGCUUCCUUGCCUUCCUCCACAUAUAAAUUUCAACCCAUGUCUAAUGAAAGUUUCACCCAGUGUGUGAUUUGUCAGAUUGAUUAUGAAGAAGGAGAAUCAUUGGUGGUCCUUCCAUGCAAACAUCCCUACCAUUCUGAGUGUAUAAACAAAUGGCUUCAAAUAAAUAGGGUGUGUCCCAUUUGUGGCAAGGAGGUUGCAUCAUCUACUCCUGGGAAGACGACUUAAAUUCAUUUAUUUAAUCUUAUAUUUUUAUUGCAAUAAAAAGAAGAAGAGAAUCAAAAUGAAUCACUAAGGAUUGCAAAUGUGUAAUCACAGAAAUGGGUUUCUUUAGCCUUAUCCAUAGAAUCUGAGCCGUCCAUUAAGUUCAUCACACAUUUGAUUGGCCAUCAUGUAAUAACCUAACCAACAGUGUGAUUCUAACCAUCUGAUCAACAAUUUGUACAAUUUA